AUGGCCGGCUCACCUGCGACUGGCUCUAAGCCAGAGAAGACAAUGUCCUCACGUCUUCUUACGAUGAAAUUUAUGCAACGAUCCGCCGCUACAGCUGCCGCUAAAGAAUCGUCUCAGCCGCCUUCCACCGAAGGUUCAAACACUCCCACCCCAAAACGCCAAAGAUACGCACCCGGUGAACAAUCUUAUAGCCCGGCAGCUACACCCUCGAAGGAUCUUGAGGCUAUCUCGGCUGCUCUCGCGGCGGAAGAAGAGAAACGUCGGGAAGCUAUUGCGCGCCAGGCUGCGGAAUCAGGCGAAACAGAAUGGGUGCUUGAUUUUGGUGCUGAAGACCCUGUGAACCAAUAUGCCCCACCUCCCUUCGUAGUCGCCAAUGGUUCUCUCGACGCCGAUGAUGACGAUGACUUGGCAUAUGGAGGGAGACAGUCUUAUGGUAACUUCAAACGGAAGAAGAAGACUGAGACGCGCAACACGGGCGGUGAUGAGUCUGGUUCUGAGGAGGACGAGGAUGAAGACGAAGAUGAUGUCGAGUCUAUGAUCAACAAAGCCAAAGCAAAGGCCUCGAAACAGCCUCCGAAGGUCAAGCUCUCGAAAUUAACGAGUAUAUCUGGUGGACGUCAAGGUUCUGUUGGAGGCAACAAGUCUCAGAAGAAGCGCAAACACAAAUAA